AGAGAUCAUUUAAAAACGGUCUAUAACCUAUAAGAUCAUCCUCAUUUUACCCAAAAUAAUGCUUUAGUUUAUUAAACUUAUAAUUUUUUUAUUUCACAUCUGAAACUUCGUGAAAAAUGUUUAAAUUCGGAUUUGCAAAAACUAUAACUGACAUUAAUGAAGAGGAUAAGACGGAUGAAUUAGAAUGGAUUCCUGCCUUCAAACUCGAAAUAACACCCGAGCAAGUCGGAGUGAAAUAUGGAACAGAUUAUUAUACAGAGACAAAAGUGUUCCCUGAUUUUAAUCUAAAAUUAAUUCGCUCUGAUAAAGUAGUAAAGGAUUUAACCAAGCAUAACUGUCAAAAUAUUAUUGAGGCUGAGACACAACAUUCCGAUCUUAUUCCAGCAAAAUAUGAAGGUGGAUUAAAAAUCUGGGAAUGCACAUUUGAUUUGGGCCAGUAUAUAUUGGAAGAGCAAAUUGAACUAAAAGAUAAACUUGUUAUGGAUUUAGGAUGUGGUGCAGGCUUGAUUGGCCUCAUUGCUCUUCUCAAAAAUUCUACAGUCCAUUUUCAAGAUUAUAAUGCAGAAGUACUAAAAUCUAUGACUAUACCAAAUGUACUGUUGAAUUGUGAUAAUCGUACAAAUAUAUUUACAAAAUGUGAAUUUUAUGCUGGAGACUGGGCUUCCCUUGCAACAUUAUUAGAUGAUGAGGAAAAUAGGAAAUAUGAUUAUAUUUUUACGAGCGAAACAAUUUACAAUCCAGACAAUCACAAAAAGUUAUAUGAGAUUUUUAAGAGAAAAUUGAAAAUUAAUGGCCUUGGAUUUAUCGCUGGAAAAAUCUAUUAUUUCGGAGUGGGUGGUGGGAUGAGGCAGUUUGAGGAUCUCGUAUUGAAAGAUGGAUACUUUGACGUGAAAAUGGUGUGGAGAAGCCAAGAUGGAGUGAACAGGGAAAUCCUGAAACUCACGAGAAAACAGCAUCAAGAACAUGGUCUGCUUGGAAUAUAACAUUAUUGUCUUGGUAAUGUUUAUCUUUGGAAGUAUGAGGUAAUGGCUCGGAACGUUGCACUAA